UGGAUAGAGUGACUGCCAGAGUCUAGCAACUUAACAAUGGAAAAGAGAAAGUAACUUUUGAAACAGUGUGACGUAUACUUUACAAUUAUGAUCACUUAAACAAAGACCUCCGACCCCGUAAUCUUAACUAAUGUAUAUCAUUAAGUGAAUCACACUGACUUUACUCUGAAUUUCCUUGAUAGCAAUACUAAAAUACUUACCUUGAACAUGAAUUAAGCUAAAUUUAAGUUUGUUUCUUAUAACUUCAAAGAGAGUUGCCCCUUGGCAGUGACAUAAGAAUAUUUUAAGCUAUGAAUUUACAUGUGGACUUUGCUACACACCUGGGAUGUGGCCCGAUGAGUUUUGUUCCAUUGCAGUAUAUCUGAUGACCAGAACUCUAUAAUCAGAGAAUAUUAAUGGAUGAAAAGCCUGAGCUUUAAGAUCGAGACUGGGAGAAAACUGUCUCCUCACUAACUGGCCGACCCCAUAAUGCCACCUCAAGUGGUCAUCUUAAGCCUCAUCCUACUUCCCGCAGAUGCCUUCGUUUCUCUAAAGAUUGGUGGAGUGGCAGGUCCAUCUACCAUGCUACCCUGCAGCUACAGGGGAGAUGUCACAUCCAUGUGUUAGAACAGAGGCAGACGUUCUUUACUUAGAUGCCCAAAUAGCAUUAUCUGGACCAAUGGAACCCAUGUCACCUAUCAGAAGGACACAUGCUAUAAGCUAGUGGGGGAUCUUUCCAAAAGGGAUGUCUCUUUGACUUUAGAAAAUACAUCUGUGUCUGACAGUGGCUUAUACUGUUGUCAUGUGGAGCACAGGGUGUAGUUCAGUGACAUGAAAAUCACUGUAGCAUUGGAGAUGGUACCACCCAGGGUCACAGCUACUCCAAUUGUCACAACUGUUCCAACCAUCAAGACUGUUCCAGCCUUCACAGCUGUUCAAAUAAGCACCACUGUUCCAACGACAGUGACAGUUUCCACCUUUGCCCCAACGCCAUCACCCACGCAGAACCACGGACCAGCUACUCCACCUUCUUCGCCUCAGCCAACAGAAACCCACCCCGCAAUGCUGCAGGAAGCAACAAGGACACCACGUGCCGGCUCGUCACUGCACUCCUGCACAACCGAUGGGAAUGACACCAUGACAGAGUCUUCAGAUGGCCUUUGGAAUAACAGUCAAACUCAGCUGUCCCCAGCACAUAGUCCGCAGAUGGCCACCCCCACUAAGGGAAUCUGUGCUGGAGUCUGUAUGCCUGUCUUGAUGCCUCUUGCUCUUUUGGGUGUCAUCAUUGCCAGAAAGUAUUUCUUCAGAAAUAAGAUUUGACAUUUAGCAGGCUUCAAAUUAAAGCUUUGCAAAAUGCAGUUAAAAAGGAAGUCCCAACAGAAGACAGUAUCUAUGUUGAGAAUAAUCUUUAUGCCGCGGACUAAGACCCAGUGGUGCUCUUCAGGAGUUUAUGCCCAUGACUGCAGGUGACAGGACGGAUAUCAGCAGAGCAGACGUCUUUUAGACUCUAAGACAGUUUUUCUGUUGCAGUUUCAUUUGGCUUUCCACCAUGUCAGUGAUUGUGGAUAGAGUCACUCUCUAGCUCGAAACUGUGUGGAGUCAACCCUCAUUAUUAAUGUAGUCCUAAGUUUAUGCUAAAACUGGCUCAGUCCUGAUCACUGCAGAGUUCUCUCUCAAACAUGAACACUUUAGAAUUAUAUGUUCUCUUUAGACCCCAUAAAUCCUAUAUCCAUCAAAGAGAAUAGUCAGUGGAAACAUAGCAAAUGAACUUCUGUCUCGGCCAUCAAAGCUAUCCAGAAGAGGGGAAUCUUAAAAAUCAGCAAAUCCAAUGUGAGACUUCAUUUGGAAGCAUUGUAUGAUUAUCUCUUGUUCCUAUAUUAUAGUUCCAAAUGUUGCAUUUAUUAUGUUUUCUAAAGGUUUCAAAUAA